GCCUGGCUGCAUCUCCUCCCCUCCCCCUGCUGCAGCGUGGUUGGCUGCCGAGCGCCUGGUGCCUGCGCUCCUGCUAGAACCGGAGGGCAGCGCGGCAGACGCCGUGGGAGCCGUGCAUCGCCACGGCCUGCGCUUCUCCGUGGCGCUGGGGCCUCCGGGAGUGCCAACGCUGGACAAGCCACUGCAGGCAGCCAGGGCUGCAGGAGCACAACUAUGUCCACCAUGGUGUACCCAAGGGAGGAGAAACUGGACAAGCUGAGCCAAGAGGAGAUCAUUUCCAACACCAAGCUGGUGAUGCAAGGGCUGGAGGCACUCAAGAAUGAACACAACUCCAUCCUGCACAGCUUGCUGGAGACCAUCAAGUGCCUGAAGAAAGAUGAAGAAGCCAAUCUUGUGCAUGAGAAAUCCAACCUGCUCCGCAAGUCAGUGGAGAUGAUUGAACUGGGGCUCGGAGAAGCUCAGGUGAUGAUGGCAUUGUCCAACCAUCUGAAUGCUGUGGAGUCAGAGAAGCAGAAGCUGCGCGCUCAGGUGCGGAGACUGUGCCAGGAGAACCAGUGGCUGCGCGAUGAGCUUGCCAACACCCAGCAGAAGCUGCAGCGCAGUGAACAAACCGUGGCUCAGCUGGAGGAGGAGAAGAAACACCUUGAGUUCAUGAACCAGCUGAAGAAGUAUGAUGAGGAUGUGUCACCUUCGGAGGAGAAGGAGGGUGACUCCACCAAGGACUCUCUGGAUGAUCUGUUCCCGAAUGAGGAGGAGGAGCAUGGUCCUGGAUUGCCCCACCAGCACAGCAGUGCAGUGGCAGCUGCCCAGCAGGGAGGCUAUGAGAUUCCUGCACGCUUGCGCACCCUCCACAACCUUGUCAUCCAGUACGCCUCACAGGGACGCUAUGAGGUGGCUGUGCCGCUCUGCAAGCAGGCACUGGAGGACCUGGAGAAGACAUCAGGCCACGAUCACCCUGAUGUGGCCACCAUGCUCAACAUCCUGGCACUAGUGUACAGGGAUCAGAAUAAAUACAAAGAGGCAGCACACCUCUUGAAUGAUGCUCUCUCCAUCCGUGAGAAGACUCUGGGCAAAGACCACCCAGCGGUGGCAGCAACUUUGAACAAUCUGGCUGUUCUCUAUGGCAAGAGAGGGAAGUACAAAGAAGCAGAGCCACUGUGUAAGCGAGCCCUGGAGAUCCGUGAGAAGGUCCUAGGCAAAGACCAUCCUGAUGUGGCCAAGCAGCUGAACAAUCUAGCCCUGCUGUGCCAGAACCAGGGCAAGUAUGACGAGGUGGAGUACUAUUACUGCCGGGCCCUGGAGAUCUAUGAGAGCUGCCUGGGUCCUGAUGACCCCAAUGUGGCUAAGACCAAGAACAACCUGGCCUCCUGUUACCUGAAGCAAGGCAAAUACAAAGAUGCAGAGGUGCUGUAUAAGGAGAUCCUUACCCGUGCUCACGUGAAGGAAUUUGGCUCUGUGGAUGAUGAACACAAGCCAAUCUGGAUGCACGCGGAGGAGAGAGAGGAGAUGAGCAAG